AUGAGUGUGAGAGUAAAACUCGAUAAUAAAGAAAGAGGUUAUUAUGCCUCAUUGUAUUAAGCAGUUGAUGCAACAGUAUCUGAAUACAUAAUACUAUUAGAACACAGGCUAAAUAGGAGGAGCUUAAGCAGUCACAUUUUUCAAAAGGUCGGGAUUAUCUAUAGAAAUUCUCAAGAAGAUUUGGUUAAUUAGUUCACCCAAUAAUUAAACUUUGAAUAAAGAGGAAUUCUAUGUUGCUCUUAAGCUUAUCAGUUAUGCACAAAACAAUAUUGAGGUUUCCAUCGAUUCCAUUUAAAGAUGCAUUCCAAGUCCAUUACCAUAAUUCUAAUCUGAUACAGAAGAAGUCUAUAAACUAAGACCAGAAUAAGAAAGAUUAUAUUAGAAUUAUAUACAAUAAUUAGAUCAUUCCAAUUCUACAGUAUUAUUAUAUACAUUAAUUAGGUAUCAACUUAAAUGGCAAUGAAUUUAUUCAAAAAAACUCAACUCACAUAAUUUUAAUUAUAGAAUAUCAUCAAUCUAGUUGAUCCAAAUUUAUAAACAAAACCUAGAAUGACAACACAUUCCUAUAUUGUUAUCACUCAUCUUAUAUCUUUAGCAUCUUAGAGUGUACCUAUACCAUAAAAAUUACCAAACUCUUUAUAAGAAUACUUAAAUUAAUAAUAAUUGGUAUCUUAAACUCUUAAUAUUAAUAAUACACCUAUUAAUCCAUAACCUAAUGUUGUACCUAAAUCUAAUGAUUUAUUAGAUUUUGAAGCAAACUUUGAUAAAUCUAAAUCUCCAAUUGAUAAAUGUAUCUAUCAUUAUUAGAUUAUUUAGAUAGUGCCUUUAAUUACAUGGAAAUGCCCAAUCCAAUUAUUGAACCAACUGUAUAAAAAUAGCAAUAACCAUAAUUAACUACAUCUUAAUCAUUCAAAAUACCACCAACUUAAACUUAAUAACCUAUUUUAAAAUAACAGAAGUCUAUCGAUUUAAUUAUGAAUGAUAUUGAUUCUUAACCACAAUUAUAAUAAGUGACUUAACAAAUUGUCCCUCCAUAAUAAGUAACAACUUUAUAGAGUACUACUAUAUCAUAGCCAAUUAUUCAAUAGCCUAAAAAAACAAUAGAUUUUUAAAAGUAAGUUUUGCUUUAAGAAUAAAUGUUAAUACAAUAAUAAUAAUUAGAAUAAAAUUAUAAAGAAGCCAAUGAUUUGCUUAAUGAAUUCAAGGAAUCUCAUGAAAAGAUUCUGAUUUCAAGUUAAAGUUAAUUGGAAUCAUUAUAAACAACAAAUGAACAAUAUAAGACUUUAUUAAAAAAGAUUUCAGAUGAAAAUUAUUUAUUUUAAGAAGAACUUAAAUAAAUUGAAUAAUAAAAAAAGAAACUUACUGAAUCUUUAAGUAAAUAGGCAAUAGAAAUAAAUUAGAAAUUAGGAUUGAAUAUUUAAUUAAAAUAAGAAUAUUCAAAAUAAACAACAAAUACAAUCAAUACAGUAACAGAUUAUGCAAAUUAAAUAAUUGGAGAUUUGAGAUCUAAUUAUGAAAUUGAAUAAGAAAGAAAAAAGAGAUAAGAAUAGGAAAUAUUAAAAGAACUUAAAUAAUAAAAAGAUUAGAUGAGUUUAAUUUUUGAAACAUUGAGUUCUUUAUCAAAAGAUAUGAAAUCAUAAAGAAAAAAUUCUACUCCUUAUUAGCCUAUGGACACUCAUGAAACAUAAAAUAAUUUAAUACCUUUUUAAUCGGUCUAAUAAUAAUAAUAACAAUAAUAAUAAUAACAAUAAUAAUAAUAGUAAUAAUAAUAACAACAAUAAUAAUAAUAAUAAUAAUAGUAAUAAAUAAAAUCAUAUCAAAUAUCAUUAAAUUAAUAAUAAUUUGUAGAAUUAGAUAACUAAAUUGAUAUUAUUGAUGUUCCAAUAAUAAAGUAAUAAGAAUAAUAAUAAUAAUAAGAAUAAAUAAUAAAGGUUGAUUUAGAUAAUAAAGAAUAAUUUGAUGUAUUUUCUUUAUAUAAAGAUAAUUAAAAUAAAGAUGUAAUUAAUUAGGUAGUUUAACCAGAAUUAAAUGAUUAAAAUUAGUAAGUAGAAUAAUUUGAAUAGUAGUAAAUUAAAACAUAAUAAGUAGAAGGUUUUGGAUUUAGUGAAAGUGUUAAAAUUUAAUAACCUAUUUAAAUAAUAUUAGAAAAUAAUAUUGAAUUUGAUAAUAAUAUAGGAUUUAUGAAUACAAAUAAUGAAGAUCAUGUUGAAAUCAAAUAAGAAUAAGAAUAAUAAAUAAAUAUUGAAUUCGAAUAAUCUAAAUAAUUUGAGGAUUAAGAUGAAAUUGAACAUAAAGGAUUUGAAAUAAAAUUUGAAGAUGGAUUUGGUGCUCAUUUUGAUAAUAGAAUUUCUAUUGAAUAAAAUCCAUCUAUAAAUUUUGAUUAAAAUUUUGUAUUUGAUUAAGGUAUAAAAUAAGUAGAUGAGGUUUAAAUUGAUUUUGAUGCUAAUAAAGAAUUUGGUGGAGGUGAUUGGGCAGGAUUUGGUGAUAAUUUUGCUAAAGGAUCAUAACCAUAAUAGGAUGAAUUUUAAACAUUUAAAUGGUGA